GUUUGUCAUCAACAAUGCAUCCAACACCAGCCGCAGACUGUGCGAGGAGGGAUUGAUUUCGAACUUAGCUGGCAGACCUCACUAGAAUGACUGUCUUCUCCCAGUUCCAUUGCCUUGGGAACCCCACUCAAAUGCUACAUGAGCUCGGUCGGGCAGUGGAGCGUGCGCGGCAUUGGAAGUCCACUUUCAAGCGGCAAUUCUUCCUCGCGGCAGUUUCGCUGGGGAAGUGUGAGCCCGGCAGCCAGCUGGUGGUCUACAAGGAUGGCGUGGAGUACAUCGGCACCCUGCCCGCAACAGCACAGCCGUUCCUGCUCUUCGGCACGACGUUUGUCCCCAGCAGGCCGCGGGGGGCGCCGGCGCCCGAGAACCCCCCCGUGCCAGUGACCUUGAUGGAGCUCACGGGGUCCAAGUCAAAGCCCGAGCGGGCAUGCGACUACGUGCGGGAGGGCGGCGCCCUGCUGGUGCAGGAAAUCAUGGCGGGGCGAGAGGGGUGGCUGCAGGCGGACCUGAGCGGCAAGGCAAGAAUGCUGCUGGAGAUUGCCGCACUGGAGGGCGCUCCCACACCGGGCACCCUCGCAGCAAACAACCCCACGUACAACUACGCGGUCCGCGCUUUUGAGGAUGCCGCACAGGAGCUGACCAACAAGGCCGUGGCGCAGCAGCUGGCAGAGGCGCAGGCGCAGGCGCAGCAGCUGGCAGAGGCGCAGGCGCAGGCGCAGCAGCUGGCAGAGGCGCAGGCGCAGGCGCAGGCGCAGGCGCAGGCGGUACAGGGGUGGUCACCCGAAGACCAACAGCCUGGCGGCUCGGCUGGGCCCCCGGAGUACGUGCCGGCUACAGAGCUCACUGAGGCGGGCAGUGAUGCCGGCACCGACACGACGCAGGACACAAAGCAGCUCGGCGCCGCCAGUACCCGCACCAGCGAGCCGCCUGCACGUCGCGUACCUGCUUCUUUGACCCAGCAGCGUAUGGCUGGGGAGGUCAGCAACAGCGGCGCAAGCGGUGACACAUGUGGGCGCACGGUAGCAGUCAGCGGCAUAGAUGGCAGCUCGAGUGGGCGCGCAGGGGCCAGCAGCGGCGCAGCCAGUGGUUCGCUGCCGGGCCAGGAGCCGAUUGGCGCGCGCCCUGCCAAGAAGAAGAGGCGGCCGCCCAGCCCGGAGCAGCCGCCCAGCCCAGAAAGGUCCGAGGAUGCGGCGCCGCCUGCUGCCCGUGACGAGGCCACCACCGAGAUUUACCGGUGCGAGGUCAAGGAGGUGCCACCUGCGCUGCUGUGCGGCCUGGGCCUUGCCGCCGUGCGUCUGCCGGCAACGCUUACAAGGCUGAUCAACCCUCGCCUGAUCACGGAGCUGGCGUCGCUGGCGGACAAACGCGGAGAGCAGAUCUUCCAGCGCAUCUCGGCACUGCAGGGCGUGCAGGCGGAGAUCCGGAUGAGCGUGGGGACGGGCCAGCGGGUUCAGGUGCUGUGGAAGGACCUCGCGGGCAGCGCUGGGCUCCUGGCGCUCUGCGACAAACUGCGACCGUUGCUGGAGGAGGUCGUGACAGCGGCAGACCCGAAGGGUGAGCUGGGGCUGCACCUGGAGGACGCCGUGCUGCUGGCGAACCUGCCCGGCACUCGUCCGGUUGCCGAGCAGGUGCCCCACUACGACAUGGCGCCAGGGGAGCCCGGGUGGUUCAUCAUGCUCGCCGUCCAGCCGGCAAGCCUGCUGGUGGCGCAGGCCAGCCAGCACGAGGUCCUGCUGUGGGGCCGCGCGUACACCGCAGCAAAGGAGGCGGGCCGGACUGCAGCUGUGCUGAAGGACCUCUGCGCCAGCACCCCCCACCGGCGGCUGGUGCGCCUGCAGCUGCCGGUGGGCGAGUUGCUGUUCGUGCACUCCAACCUCGUGCAUGCAGGCGACGCCGGGCGACUGGACGGCGGCUGCACUGGUUCGUAAAGAGUGCGAAAACAACGAACAACACCCACCUGCCGCGCCAGAUCCACGUGGAGCUCGAGAAGCGCUUUGUGUGAUGGCUCAGACACACUCAGGGUGAAGGGGCGGGGCGGGGCGGGGCGGGGCGGGGCGGGGCGGGGCGGGGCGGGGCGGGGCGGAGCGGGGCCGGGUGGCGGGGCGGCCACAUUGGGAAGGUGAAUAUGCUUGUCAAUUGGGUUGUGUGGGAAAUAGAACGGUUCAUCGGUGUGGCCGCAUGUGGGGCAAGACAAACCAAGUUGACACGCGCUGUCACUCGUCUGAGUUCUGUCUGUGUUGCACCCUAGCAUUCUUACGGCUUCGUCGUCAGGGUACAAGCUUGUCCCCUUGACAUAUGAACAGUUUGUGUGGCAAGGUUGUCACGACCAGGGACUGGAGCGAGAUCGGAGGUGGGCC